UAAUUUAUUUCAACUAUUUUUAAAAUAAUUUAAAAAAAUCAUCACUUAUUAAUCUACUAAUUAUUAUUUAUAACAACAAAAAAAAUGAUUUUCUCGGCUUUGUUUGGCUUAAAUUCAUUAGCUAUUAUUAUAACACUAUUGAUUGGACUUUAUUUUUAUUUGAUCCGAAACUACAAGUAUUGGUCGUCACGGGGUAUCGAUGGCCCGAAACCGAUACCCGGUUUGGGAACAUUUUGGCAAAUAUUUUCGAGAACAUUGGGUGAAAUAAAUAUGGAUAACUAUAAAAAAUUUGGCAAAAUUUAUGGAAUAUUCAUUGCCGAUCGUCCAGUACUUGUGGUAUCGGAUCCCGAAAUAAUCAAAGAUAUGAAUAUUAGAGACUUUCAUUUGUUUGUCGAUCGCAAUGACUUCGAAACGGGUGAUCCGAUUAACGACAGAUCAAUGUUUAACUUGAAGAGCGACGAGUGGAAGAAAAUGAGAUCAAUUAUAUCACCGACAUUUUCAUCCGGUAAAAUGCGUUCAAUGCAUCCGAUUAUUAUUGAUUGUAUCAAACGUUUGGACAAACACUUAUCGGACAAGAAAGAGGUUGAAAUGAAGAAAACAAUGGGUAAUCUGACAAUGGAUGUCAUAGCUACCUGUGCUUUUGGCACACAAAUCGAUACAUAUAAUGAUCAAAAACGCAGUGAAUUUAUAUUGAAUGCCCAGAAAGUGUUUCGGGGCAGUUGGCGUGUUUGGGCAGUGUUUGUAUUGAUGCAAAUAUCGCGAAAACUAUUGGAGUGGACGGGUCUGAAAUUUUUGGAUCCGACGGCCCAAAAGUUUUUUGUUAACGCUAUUAAAUCAAUAGUCACGCAAAGAAAAUCUGAGGGCAACACCAAAAAACACAGGGAUUAUCUGCAGCUUAUGAUUAACGCACAGAACAAGACAUUGGACACCAAUGAUGAUCAUGAAGUGGUCGUUGACGACAAAAGCGACGAAAUCUAUGGCGCGACCGAUAGUCUGAAGUAUAAUAAACCAAAAGGAGACGUCUCGGACACGGAUCUGUUGGCCACUUCGUUGAUAUUUUUUGUGGCCGGUUAUGAAACAACAGCCACAACACUGGCUAAUGUUGUCUAUUCAUUGGCCAUCAAUCCUGACUGUCAACAAAAAUUAUAUGAAGAAAUCAGACAAUUUGAUGGUAAGUAUGAUUACGAAAGUAUAGCUCAAAUGCCAUAUCUGGAGGCCUGUGUCGCCGAAACAUUACGUCUUUAUAAUCCACUUACGGCUGUAAGUCGUAUAGCAGCUGAAGAAUAUACUAUAGGCAAUACCGGCUUAACUAUUCCAAAGGGAAUGAUUGUUAACUUUGAUAUCGAAGUACUACAUCACAAUCCCGACUACUAUCCCGAACCCGAUCGUUGGAAUCCCGAACGGUUUAUGCCCUACAAUCGGGAUAAGUUAGUUCCCUAUACUUAUAUGCCGUUUGGUUUGGGUCCCAGAAAUUGUGUGGGAAUGAGGUUUGCAUUGAUGGAAGCAAAGACAGCCAUCGCAUACCUGAUCAUGAAAUACAAGUUUGUAAAGACAGCGAACACUACUAUACCAUUGAAACCCAAGAAAUAUGAAUUUCUCUUAACUACCGGUCCUAUAAACGUUGGAAUUGAAAAAAGAAAUUAA